AUGGGCAACACGUCGGGCUGCACGGUGGACGACCUGCAGGCGGUAGAGAUGCACCUGUGGUACAAGAAGUUCAUGGUGGAGUGCCCCUCGGGUCAGCUCACGCUGCACGAGUUCAAGCAGUUCUUUGGCCUCACCAGCCUGGACAGCGACGCCGACGCCUACAUCGAGCAGAUGUUCCGCACCUUCGACAUGAACAAGGAUGGCUACAUUGACUUCAUGGAGUACGUUGCCGCCCUGAGCCUGGUGAUGAGAGGCAAGAUGGAGCACAAGCUGCGCUGGUACUUCAAGCUCUACGACGUGGACGGCAACGGCUGCAUCGACCGACAUGAGCUCCUCAACAUCAUCAAGGCCAUUCGCGCCAUCAAUGGAAGUGAGAAGAAUGAGCUCACCGCUGAGGAGUUCACCAACAAAGUGUUCGACAGGAUCGAUAUAAACGGAGAUGGUGAGCUGUCUUUGGAGGAGUUUGUGGCGGGCGCCAAGUCAGACGAGGAGUUCAUGGACGUCAUGAUGAAGAGCACAGACCUCAGCCACAUAGUAGCCAUGAUACACAACCGCCGAAACAGCGUGUGA